UUUUUUCCUUUUAGCUAAAAAAUGAGUUCUUCGGUAAAGAGAAGAGGGAGACCAAACAGUGGAGGAAGAAAAGGGGGAGGAGGAGCAGGUGGUGGCAACAAGCUGCAAGCCACUGGCAACAAAAAAGGCUCGGACAAAAAUUGGGAUUAUGAUUUCUGUGUUUUCAGUGGAACAAAAAAAGCAGACAGAGAAAAUGGACAGACCAAGCAUGCAUCCAAGACCAAAACACCUCUGCAGACUCUUCAUAUGACUUCAGAAAAUCAGAAGAGAGUGAAAGAACUUCUUUGUGAGCUCAAGGGGCAGGAGCUGGCUUCUGGUUCAAAGACACUUAUAUCAGGCACAGAUGACUGCAGUGAAUUAGUUUGUCUUGAAGAUGAACAGUUCUGGUCGGGUGACAAUGCAUUCUCUAAAACCAGUUCAGGAGCUGCUUCUCAAGCGCCAGUGGCACAUGUGCUAGAGACAGAAGUGUCAUCUUUUGCUGUGCAUAAGCUUUCCAGGUAUGGCUUUGGUUUUGAGCAUUGCCAAGCAGUACUGAAAUCUUACAAUAGUAACAUUGGGGCAUCCUUGGAGCAUUUGCUUUUGCAGUACUUCACAGAAAAUUUUGGAAAGAGGAUGCAGCUCACAGAAGCUGCUGUUCAAUCAGAUAUUAAAGACUGCUUGGAACAAAGGCAAGAAGAAGCUUUAGCCCUCCAUUCAAUCUGUGGAGGCAAAUUUGUUGAACGAAUUCAAAAUCGAGUUUGGACUAUUGCCUUAGAGAUGGCAUAUCUAACGGAUAUUUUCAGCAAGAGAAAACAAGGGAAUAGCAUCACCAGUAACAUACUUAAUUCAGAUUCCCUAGGUAUCUGUAAAUAUUACCUCCGAGGAGAUUGCACGUUUGGAUCAAGAUGCAAGUUCAAGCAUGAAACUCCACAAAAUGAGAGAUCACUUCCUCACAUUAGAGAAGAUGCUCAUCUCAGACUUAAUGCCCCUGUGUAUGAACUCGAAGUAAGAUUUCCGGAGGAUAAUAAAUACCCAUAUCAGCCACCUCUUGUGGCAUUCUAUUCUACUAAUGAGAACCUGCCCUUGUCUUGUCGGUUGCACUUAGCUGAAUUCCUUUAUGAAAAGGCCUUAAUAUCAUCUGAGUCUAAUAAACCUGUAGUAUAUGAUUUUGUAACAUGCUUAGAGGAUGAAGCUCAAGUCGUGAAAUUGCUUAAUAGGACAUCCCACAAAUACAGUGUUCCUCCAUUGCCUCUGAUGACGCCUCUGGCAAGAACAUCAAGAGAUCCUGGUAAGCAAGAGCUUUUGAAUCGCCCUUAUGGUCCAUACCAGAUUUCAGAAGCAACAGAGGUGGGAGCUGAGGAGGAUGAGAAUGACCAAGAGGGCCUCCAAACAGUUCAUAUGGAGAAGGAGAGUUAUGUGAAUCUCAAAAAGAAACUUUUAUUGAAAAGCAGCAUUCCAUCAGAGUCCAUUAUCAAAGAGAAUCUUAAAAUUUGCAAACAGUUCAACAUAAAAAAGUCUUCUAGGCGUUACCAGGCCAUGUUACGAGAACGACAGAAACUUCCUGUGUGGGAAAAGAAGAAAAACAUUCUCAGAUUGCUGAACGAAUAUCAGGUCCUGGUUGUCAGUGGUAUGACUGGAUGUGGAAAGACCACUCAGAUACCUCAAUUUAUCUUGGAUUCCUCUCUAGAAGGUCCUUCUAAUAAAGUAGCCAACAUCAUUUGCACCCAACCUCGUAGGGUUGCUGCCAUUUCUGUUGCUGAACGCGUAGCAAAGGAACGAACAGAAAGAGUUGGAGUUACUGUUGGGUACCAAAUCCGGUUAGAAAGUGUCAUGUCUUCAUCUACACGGCUAUUGUACUGUACUACUGGAGUGCUUCUGAGACGACUAGAAGGGGAUAUGAAUUUACAAGGAGUCACUCAUGUUAUUAUUGAUGAAAUACAUGAGAGAACAGAAGAAAGUGAUUUCUUGUUGUUGAUUUUGAAGGACAUAAUGUUACAAAGACCAGAGCUGCAUGUUAUACUAAUGAGUGCUACUCUGAAUACAGAAGCCUUUUCUCAGUACUUUAAUUCCUGCCCUAUCGUCAAUAUACCAGGAAGGACAUUCCCUGUUGAACAGUUUUUUCUGGAAGAUGCAAUUGCAGUGACUGGGUAUGUUUUGGAGCACAGCAGUCCGUAUAUGUGCAGAGUAAAACAAGCUACUGGCAAGACAGGAAGGUAUGCAAGGACUGCUGCAGAAGAAGUGGAAGAGGAUCUAAAGAAUGCUGGCUUGGUGAAAACUACAGUCCAGGAUUCAGUCCCAGACCAACAGCUGACUUUCCAGCAAUUGCUGAUGCGUUACAAAGGGGUUAGCAAAUCAGUAUUGAAAACAAUGGCAAACAUGAAUUUAAACAAAGUAAAUCUUGAAUUAAUUGAAGCCUUACUUGAAUGGAUUGUCAGUGGCAAACAUUCGUAUCCACCAGGUGCAGUACUGAUAUUUUUGCCAGGCCUAGCAGAAAUCCAAGCAUUAUAUAAGCAGUUGCAGUCUAAUCCCCUGUUCAACAACCAACACAGCAAACGCUGUGUUGUGUAUCUUCUCCAUUCAACCCUUUCCAGUGAAGAUCAGCAGUCUGUAUUCCUCCAGCCUCCUCUUGGCAUCACCAAAAUCAUCAUAUCUACAAACAUUGCAGAAACUUCCAUAACCAUUAAUGAUGUGGUCUAUGUGAUUGACUCAGGAAAGAUGAAGGAAAGAAGGUAUGAUCCAAGCAAGGUCAUGGAAAGCCUGGAGGAUUCCUACGUGUCCAAAGCCAAUGCCUUGCAAAGGAAAGGACGAGCAGGCCGCGUAGCUUCUGGGGUUUGCUUUCACCUUUUUAGCAGCCAUCAUUAUAAUCAUCAUCUCUUAAAGCAGCAGUUGCCUGAGAUACAGCGAGUGCCUUUGGAACAGCUUUGUCUCAGGAUAAAGGUUUUGGAAAUGUUCUCCACACAUAGAUUUCAUUCAGUGUUAUCACGACUUAUUGAGCCACCAACAGCUGAAUCUAUAAAUGCAUCAAAGAUGCGGUUGCAGGAUGUAGGAGCCUUAACGUCAGAUGAAAACCUUACUCCCUUGGGACAUCAUUUGGCUUCCUUGCCUGUUGAUGUGAGGCUUGGGAAAUUAAUGCUCCUUGGAACCAUCUUUCGCUGUCUGGAUCCUGCACUAACAAUAGCAGCAAGCAGGGCUCACAAGUCACCUUUUAUUUCUCCAUGGGACAAAAGAGAGGAGGCAUUCAAGAAAAAGCUAGAAUUUUCCAUAGGAAACAGUGAUUAUCUGGCUCUCCUCCAAGCAUAUAAGGGGUGGUGCCUGUCUUCAAAAAAGAGCUUUCAAGCAAGUUACACAUUUUGCAGACAAAACUUUUUAUCAGAAAAUGUUCUUCAGGAAAUGGCACGUUUAAAAAGGCAGUUUACUGAACUAUUGUCAGAUAUUGGGUUUGUGAAAGAGGGGCUCCGAGCCAGAGACAUAGAACAGAGAUUUUCUCAAGGCGGGGAUGGUGUUCUUGAAGCUACAGGAGAAGAGGCAAAUGCAAAUGCAGAGAAUGUCAAGUUGAUAUCAGCCAUGUUAUGUGCCGCUAUGUAUCCAAACGUAGUUCAGAUAAAAGUACCAGAAAGGAAGUAUCAGAAGACUAGUAAAGGGGCUGAUAAAGUGAAUCCAAAACCUGAAGCACUGAUGUUUGCUACAAAAAAACAGGGUUACGUUCACAUUCAUCCAUCCUCUGUAAACUAUCAGAUAAAGCACUUUGAGAGCCCCUACUUGGUGUACCAUGAAAUGGUAAAAACCAGCCGGGUAUUUGUUCGAGAUUGCAGCAUGGUGUCGGUGUACCCACUUAUCUUGUUUGGAGGAGGCCGUGUGAACGUACAGCUCCAGAAUGGGGCAUAUGUUGUUUCCUUGGAUGAUGGGUGGAUUCAUUUUGUUGCAGCCUCACAUCAGGUGGCAGAACUAGUGAAAGAACUUCGCAAUGAACUUGACCAGUUACUCCAGGAAAAAAUUAAAAACCCCAGCAUGGAUCUGUGCACUUGCCCUCGAGGAUCUCGUAUUAUCAGCUUGAUUGUAAAACUUGUGACCACACAAUAGCAUUAGCUAGUGAGGAUGGCUUUCUUGUAAUGUUAAUGACAGAAUGAAAUGUAGCACUGGCCAUUGUACAGCUGUUAUGGAAGUCUAAAGGAAAGUAAACAUCCAACUAAAAAAACCCUGUUUUUUAAGUAGCCCAAAAUAAGCAGUUUUAAAAUCAUGGUAGAAACUGAUACAUGUUAACACAAGGAGCUUGCAUGUAAGUUUUCUUUUAAGUAUCCUUUUGCAAAGCAAGGAAUGAAAGGUAAGCAUUCAGAAGAUAAUUCAGAGAGAUUGCACAUAAAUUCAGUGUCUAAUGAUUCUUCUCUCAUCACUUUUUCUGUCCAAUAAAGGAUUAACUCUUGUGACAAUCUGGCUGUAUAUUAAUUUGUCCUUGCUCUUCCCAAAAAGGCAGUGUAUGAAACUUACCAUAGCCAAGGUUUGUACAUUGUUCUGUGUCCUAAAAUGAAUCCUCUCCAGUUUCAGUAGAUUUGCAUCUUUUUCAUUUACUCAAAUAAUCAAUGUAGGCUGCUAGAAUUCAAAUAUGGUGAUACAAGUUAUGGAAUAAUUUUAGCAUAAAAUUGGCCUAGGCUUGCAAGA